UUUGGGGGAAUUGCGUCUUUGGUGCUGGUCUCCCAGGAGCUACGUUUGGUUCUCCUACCGGAUUUGGUGGCUCUAACCCAGGAAGCGGCCUCCCAGUUGCACCAGCAUCUGGUGGUUUUGCUGCUGCUGGGUCUAGUGCUACUGGUGGAUUUGCCGCCAUGGCUUCGGCUGGUAGGGGAUUCGCAGGUGCUUCUUCUAGUCCAACUGGUGGAUUCGCUGGCUUAGCCUCAGGUAGUGGUGGUUUCGGCGGUGCUGCUCCAGGAGGAGGAGCUGGUGGUGGAUUUGGUGGACUUGGUUCAGGAUCGGGUGGUGGUGGAUUUGGUGGAGUUGGUUCAGGCUCGGGAGGGUUUGGAAGCUUUGCUCCUCCUAAUAGUGGAGGUUUUGCUGGAGCAUCAGGAGGUGGUGGUUUUGGGGGUUUCGCUGGCCAAGGGCAAGGCGGUGGUGGUGGGUUCUCAGGGUUUGGUGGGAACACGGGAGGAGCAGGAGGAAAGCCAUCGGAACUCUUCACACAGAUGAGAAAAUGAGACGAAAGAUAUAUUAUAUGUUAAAAUGAGAAUGGCAUGCGAGCAAAGUCUCUGAUUCACUUUAGAUCUAAUCUGGUAGCUAUUAUAUCGAGUUUGUAUGUUCAUCUACAUUAAUGAAAACGUUUGUUUGUGUACUCAA